ACGGAAGCCCAGUGAGCCAUACUUCAUUUGCUAAGCAAGUUCCAGAGACGGUGGUGGCGUGAAGCAGAGAAACGAGCCUGGGAAGGGACGCCAGGUGCAGGUGAGGCCGGACGGAAACCCCUCGAGCCAAAACCAUGGUAGCGUGCAAAGCUCGGAAGCACCAGCCACUGGAGGCGGAAGCUGGGCUGGAGGAGGAGGAAGGUUAUGGCGCGCGGGGCACUGUGGGACACUGUGUGGGCAACGCGGGGCGCGACGGAAGCCUCGUUGGGUCAGACCGUGUCGACGCGGGAAGUCCGGACGCUGUAGCUGCCUGAAGAGGAGGUCCGAGGCCUGGGCCCCGGCCGCGGCAAUGGCGGAGAGGCCCGAGGACCUAAACCUGCCCAAUGCCGUCAUCACCAGGAUCAUCAAGGAGGCGCUCCCGGACGGUGUCAGCAUCUCCAAGGAGGCCCGGAGCGCCAUCUCCCGCGCCGCCAGCGUCUUCGUGCUGUACGCCACAUCCUGUGCCAACAACUUCGCGAUGAAAGGGAAACGCAAGACACUGAAUGCCAGCGAUGUGCUCUCCGCCAUGGAGGAGAUGGAGUUUCAGCGGUUCGUGACCCCGUUAAAAGAAGCUCUGGAAGCUUACAGGAGGGAGCAAAAAGGCAAAAAGGAAGCUUCAGAGCAAAAGAAGAAGGACAAAGACAAAAAAACAGAUUCAGAAGAGCAAGACAAGAGCAGGGAUGAGGACAACGAUGAAGAUGAGGAGAGGCUGGAGGAAGAAGAACAGAAUGAAGAGGAGGAAGUGGACAACUGAGAGGAUGGGGAGACGCAGCUCGGAAGGUACCACUCUGAAACGCCGUACACGUUUGUGUGAAGCAUUUUCGUGCUGGGCAGAGUAGUCUUAGGCAGAAGAUCGAAAUAAAAACUGAAUUAUCAUCAGAAUUAUCAUCAAAACCAGCGCUUCCCAGACUCGGAGCAUCUGAGUAGCGGAAUCCUGUUUUGCUUAAUCAGUCUCAAGGUUAUGACUUUUUGGCAAGAGAGAUUCUGAACAGCUAAUUUAAUUGGUCAAUUUGAUCUCUCUUGUUUACUUACACGUAUAGUUAGGCAGUUGUUGAUCCCCAGUUCCCUCCCCACCCCCCAAAAAAGUAAUAAUAACUUCCAUGCUGCCGACUGUGUUCAGAUCACAGAGGCAGCCAAGGCUCAGGAAAAAUUGGGGUUUGAUCAUGGUCAGCCUAUUUGAUUGUACAGUAUUGGGCAAUACUAGCUUAUUUCAGGUGAUCAGAAUGGCUUAGCUUUAGGAAAUUACUAUAAGGGUUCGAGAGAACAAUGAAAUCUUUUCUAUUGUUUCCUCACUUGACAGUAACAUUAACUGAAUUUUGGUUUCUACAGACUCAGUUGGAUUGGACCCCUUCUAUAUUGCCUAUAGGCAUGUUACCUGCUUGGGUGGCUAUGUUCUCGGCACAUAACGCUCUUAAAUCAACAGAGUAGAAUUAGUCAAGUAAGGUUGCCAACGUCUUACUCUUGUAAAACAGAUGGUUUAGUCUUAAAUGCACCUCACUGCCUGCGACUGUACAGCUUCAGGAUUUGUUGUCACCUCCUGGAAGGUAUAAAAUUCCAGGCUUUCUCUUCUUGUAGUCCAUCUCCUAGACUCGUGACUUGGCUUUUCAUUAUUCCAAUUCAUGACAAGUUCCAGACUUUAUUUCUUCUAGGCACAACUUUCUCCCUCUGUGCUUCUCACCUCCUGUCUCUGUUCUGCCUCUCCUCUGCUCCCCAUUCCCACUUUCUCUGUCCCUCUUUUUCUCACUUCCCCCAAUCCAGGAACUCGGAUGACCUGCUUAAUGUCCCAAAGUGUGGUUUCCUCUGAUUCCCUAGUUCUAAUCUCAUGUUUUUUAAAAAUGAUUUUGUAAACCUCUCUGAACCAUAAGGGAAAUCUGAUGGUGCUCAGGAAUCUAAUUCCUCCCCUAAGCCAUCCCCUUUAACUGCUUUGGAAGUAUCUCUGUUGACCUUUCCUAGUUUUCUUCUCUUUCCAUUUGGUGCUUCGAGCACUUUUUUGUUCGUCUCUAAGUUGAGUGCUUGGAGGUUGAAAGGUAGUGAAAUGUAGUGUGACACUGUUACUUUGUUAAAUGAAUACAGUGGAAAGUUUGUUGAUAAAUGAGUGAAGAAUAUUGAGAAAAUUAUAAUGCUUUGUAUAAAUAAAAAUUCUUGUUAAAAGUGA